AUGCCUCCUCAACGCGUACCGGAAGAAGACUUCUUAACCGAACUUCCCUCGCUACCUGACGACGAAUUUUGCAUCUUCGGCACAGUCUAUGCCUACCCGGAGCACGCAGACGCGUUAGAAGCCGUCUACGCCAAGACCACCCGACUCUCCGAGGCCGAACCGGGCAUAAUCUAUUACUGCCUUGCCAGAGAUGGGGAUGAUCCGACGAUUUUUCAUUUCUUUGAGCGGUACACCGGGCAAAAAGCCUUCCAUGAACAUAACGCGCAGCCCAUUAUUCAAAAGUUGAUGGAAGACAAAUAUAUACAGGGUGUGACAGCGAAGUUUGUGAAGGCAAUUAAGCCGGCGCAGACGUAA